ACGAACCCGCUCCAAACCAACACUGACACUUCCACGUCCACCACUCUGUCCACUCAGGUUUCCACCACGACCUCCAUCCCCACGUCCACGUCCACUACCCCUCUCACCAGCACCACUUCCACCUCUACCUCCAUUCCCACAACUACCUCGUCCACCCCUUUGCCCACCACCUCGUCCUCGUCCUCGUCCUCGCUCGCCGAUAUCCUCAUCACCGUCACUCAGACAUCCACCCAUAGCAAUACCAGUGUGGCCCCCACCAGCUCUUCGACCCAAGCUCCCUCGAACAGCAGCGACACGGAUACCUCCACCAGCUCUGGCGUGAAGAUCGGAGGCAUUAUUGCUGCUGUCUUUGCUGGCGCAGGCAUUUUGUUCGCCAUCGUCUACUUCCUCCGUCGUUCUCGCAGCCGUGAGGAGGAUGAUGCAGCGGACUUCGACCCCGACGCCUUCCGUCGUCAGUCGACGAUGCUCCCUGGCGGCGAUGGAACGUCGGGUAUCGGUCGGGAUAUGUCGUACAACAGCCGUGGCGCUCGUCCGCCAACCAUGAUCGAGCAAAAGCUCGCGAAUGGGCCGGGGUCGUACGCUCCCCCUCAGCCCUACGGGUACGGCGCGUACGGUCAAGUUUCUUUCGAGCCGGGUCAAGUCUACACCCCUACUACGGCGAAUUCUGCGAACCCCUUCUUCACCGGAUAUAACGAGUUCGACCACCAGUACGACCCGUACGGCAACAUGGUCACGCGCCAGCCUUCCAACGGCUCUUCCGCUGUGCUUUCUCGCCACACCUCGAGCUCGUCGAAGCCGAUGCCGGAGCUUCCCACCAACUCCACCUACGCCGACAUGAGCCGUGGAAGUGUCACGCCUUUCCAGGCUACUCAGUACGCCGAGAUCUCCCGCCAGCUGAACUCGUCUCCUCCCCAUGCUCUCCCUCUCGGUGCUGUCUACGAGGAGCCUGAGUAUGACCACACUGCACCCAUCCCAGUCCCUAAGGAGACGGUGCCACUGGACUUCGGGGCUCAACACGCCAUCUUCAACACCGCGCAGCACCUCAACGUCCGCGGUGCUCCCACCCCGCACGAGAACUCGUUCCCCGAGUCGCCCUUCGCCGACCCGACGAUGGCCGCCGAGCAGGCACAGUACAUCCCCAGCCGUCCGUCCGAGGACUCGAUGAUCCAGCCGCCUGCCCCCGCUUUCGCCAACAACGAGAAGGAGCGCAUCACGUCGAUCCCGCCCAUGCUGCCCGAGAUCCACAUCCAGCAGCGGUUCUCGAACAUCGACUCCGGGUUCCCCGCGGUUCCCUCGUCCGUCCGCCCGUCGCCGUCGCCGUUCUCGACCGAAUUCGCGAACAUCCCGGCCACGCCCCCCACCGCCCAAGUGACCCCCGCUGCUCCGGCCGCGGUGGCGACGCGGGGCACCGCGGGCCGCGCGCAACGCCCCGACACGGUCUACACGAUGUACGACGACGAGGACGCGUACAGCGGCAUGUAA